UGUCAUAGCGCUACCCAUACUGUUGCGCACUCAUUCCUUGUUUUGUCUCUUAUUCCUUUGACGUGUGUACAACAUUUGUGUGUCCACGUGAGCGUUCCGAGUGCUCUGCAUUGGGUUUAACCUCUGAGAUGAUAUGGAGAACGACUCCAGGACAGUCAGCUUCCAAAGACUGUCAUCUGUGGACAGCAUUGUCUCAGACGACUCCUGCGAGUACUACCAGACUGACAUCUAUGAGCAGCUGCCCAGUUCACUGUCCAAGCGGAGGUGCCAGUACGUGGAUCAGGCUCAGGAGGAUGAUGAUUAUGAGGAUUUUGAGUAUGUUUCACAUCUGAACAGAGACUGGAGCUCAACACAACCAUUGAAGAUGCUGCCCUUGUCUCUGCAGGAAAAGAAGGAGAUCAGGGAGAAAAGAAACCAAGAAAGACUCAGCAUCAAUCCCUGGAAAUCAUGGACACAGAGUCAGCAAAUUGCAAGGAGGCGACUGAGGGAGCAGCUGGAGAUGUUCUUCUCAGGAUUGUUGCCAUGGAAACGGACCCUCAAUAAAAUUGAAGGUGGAUUCGGCGUUGGAGUGAAGGCCUAUUUUGUGUUCCUGAGGUACCUCCUGUGCCUGAACCUGUUGAACUGUGCUAUCAUCAUUGGAUCUGUGCUUAUUCCUUCACUGAUUGUGGGAAAUAGAAGCCCACCUUGGUACAGGACACAGAAGAAUGAUUCUGUUUUAGACAUUUUCCUGGGCUCGGGCUUUCUGGAACGUUCCCCGAUCUUCUAUACAUUCUACGAAUACAAAGCCUUAGGGCCUAUAUGUUUGAACACAUCUCUUCUCUUCUUUGCUGGCAUGGUCUCCAUCCUCAUCCUCAGUCUCAUCAUGAUAGUGCACAGAACGGUGGUGGGCUAUAAGCACACUUGGCUGACCGGGAGCAGUUUCACUGGGAACAUGAGCAAAAAGGUCUUCUGUGGCUGGGAUUUCUGUAUCCAGGAUGCUCAAACAGCCUCACUCAAACACAGCUUCAUCAGAAAUGAACUCAAGAUGGACCUGGAGGAGCAGAGAUUUCGUGUGAAGGUCUCCCAGCGCACCCUGAAGCAGUGGGUGGUCCUCUGCUUCCUGCGAGCUGUUCUUAACUUUUUGGUGCUGCUUCUUCUGGGAGGUUCCUUCAUCUUGAUCUACUAUGCCUCUGAAGUCUCUGAGGAGAAAAUUUCUAUCCACUGGACCCUGAACCUCUUCUGGGAGUACCUUCCACCCAUCACCAUUACAUUAGUCAACUUUCUACUGCCACAACUGUUCAACACCAUCUCUGUGUUUGAAGACUACUCUCUCACCACCCAGCUUAAUCUCACUUUAGUCCGGAGUAUCUUCCUGAAGCUUGCAAGUUUAGGGAUCUUCCUCUUCUUCCUAAUCAGAAAAGCUAUUGCGACAGGCAAGUGUGACGAGACUGAAUUUGGGAAGGAAAUGUACAAACUCACUGUAUUUCACCUCUUGGCCUGUGUCUGCAAUGUUCUAGUGGCCUAUCCCAGAACUUUGCUAGUAGAGAAGUGUCCUUCCUCUAAGCUGGUAAAGAUGGUAGGCAAGCCAGAGUUUGUGAUCCCCUUAAACGUGUUGGAUCUGGUAUACAGUCAAACAGUCAUUUGGGUGGGAGUCUUCUACUGUCCCCUUCUGCCAGCCAUCAGUAUUUUAAAGCUACUGGCUAUCUUCUACAUGAAGAAGUUCACUUUGGUACGGUGUUGCGUUCCGGCUCAGAGAAUGUUCCGGACCACCAGCUCUUCGGUUCUAUUUAAUUUCAUGCUCCUACUAGGCCUCAUCAUGUCUGCAGUUACACUCGGGAUCAAUAUCAAUAGGUUUGAGAGAGGUCAUUGCGGACCGUUCACCUAUGAAAACUCUGUGUUUAAUGUGACCAGUAAGUGUGUGGAGACACUUCCACUGCCUGCUCAGAAAGCCAUAAGUUACAUCACUUCUGAGGCCUUUGCAUUUGCUCUCAUACUGGCUGAGGCCAUCAUCCUAACAUCCUUUGUUUCUCGGGGAACAGCCAAUCGCAAGGCCAUAGAAAGACUGAAGGACAUGCUAAUUAUGUGUAGCUCAGAUAAGCGUUUCCUGGUUAAGCAGCACUCCACACUGGUCAGGAGACAGAAGAAGAUCCAAAAGAACACUGAGGAGAUGGCUGAUUAUGUAUCCAACAUAUCAAGAGAGUCCUAAUAACUGUCUUCCUCUGAAAAAUGGCUUACACUCAGAUGGAUGCUUGCAAUAACUGCUAGGAGUAAACUAGGCCUCAGAGCAGAUACUAGUAGAAUGGGAAAAAAGGUUGAGCCUCGGUAUUAUCCUCAGUAUCAGAUUCUACAAAGAAAGUAUGUGCUUUUUUGGUAAACCAUGCUGAAAAUGACAGGUAUCGUCAUAAAACAAUGAAUGCCUAUUAGCAGCUACUAGAUUGAUUUCAUUGUUAGCCACAUUUGCAUGCUUGGUGAAGCUAUUUCUUUAAAUGUUAGUUAAAAAAAGUGGUAAGGCUUUUUAAACAUUAUGUAAUGUGUAAUGCUCUUGACUUCUAAUCUGCUGCAAAAGUGUAACUUUAAAUAAAGUCUUUCAAGCCAUAUUCAAUAAAUUCUGCUGGACAGAA